UUCGAUAAAGUCUGAUCGCCGAUCAAGACCUGCGACUGAUCGACGCGGCUCCUCAAGUUUCCCCCGUAUACCGGCGUGUCCGAUAUUCGAAAUAAUCGAAUUUCGUCUGGAUUGAACGGAAAAUAGGGGGAGGAUAAUAUUUCUAAUUUAUUCGGCGACAGUGAAACGGUCCGAAAUUUCGUACCCCGCAAAAGUGCAGAGUGAAAAAAUUUUGAUUCCCAGUGAUACGGAUAAUUUGACACCAGAUUUAUAAAUAACAAAACAACCGAACGCGACGAUCCACCUCAACGUCAUAAUUAUUCUCCGUUAUUUGUUGGGUGUUGUUUUUUUUUUUGUAAUUUUUUAAUCGUUUUUCGAUCUGGAAGAGAUUCGAAAAACAUAUUUCAUACUCGGAAGAGGGGGAUUAUACGGCGUGUAAAGAUUAUAAAAAAACUUGUCAAAGUGUCACCAGACGCCUAUAAAUUGUCGAUGGUUAUAUUCCACUAAAAUAGAGGAUAUAUAAGAGAGAUAUAUAUCUCUCGGCCAAAAGUCUGGUGCACAACUUACGUCGCGGCUAUUCUUUCCUUUUUAUUUUAUAAUACAUUCAUUUAUUAUUUUUAUUUUUCGUUUUCAUAACCGACCGAAAGGUUAUCGUGUGAGACGUAUAAUAAGACAAGUGGGGAGGCAAAAUGGAUCAAAGAAACAGAAUUUCCGAAGCAACGGGAUCCGCAGAUCGUUGUUAGAUUAGUUUAUUUUAAUUUUUUAUUUUAUUUUAUUUAUUUUAUUUUUUUUCGUGCAACGCUAAGGUGGUCGAACACAUUUGUUAUCUUCGAUGGCAUUUAGGGGGACGUUGUUGACGAUAUCUCUGGUGCUGGUUAUCGAAAAUAAGUUCACAAUAACCGGCGGCGAGGAGUCUCGGGGCCUCAGAAGAUGCUGCGCAACGGGGAGCUGGCUCACGUUCGACGGAGAAUAUUAUUCCUGCGAGUCGAGAGCCCCGGAUGAUGUUCCCGAAUUUUUUCAAAGGAGCCCCGACGAAGUAUCCGGAUGGCCGGUCUCGGAUCCGGAGAUUCCCGCCUGCGACAAUAGCGGGAAUUUAACUAGCAUUCCACUAGCCGAUAUUCCGUUCGAUUUUUCAUUCCGUAAUUCGUGUAUCGAUAUUUUGAUCCCCGUCGACUACGAAAUCGAGCCCGAUGGAGCGGCUGAAAGGGCAGGGGGCGAUCAGCGGUCGCGGGAAUCAGAUUUUAAGACUGCGGAAACUUUGCAACCUACUGUACUGUACUGCGCCGGUGACAAUAACGCGGGAGAAAAUUUCAUCGACAGUUCGUUUAGCGAACCUGAGCAUCCGACGCUUUUGAAAAUUCGAAGAUGUUGUCCCGAGGGAGAAGUAUUCGAUAUCGAUCAGCGAGCUUGCCUGCCACCGGAGGACCCGGCGAGACUCCUUCCCACCGCAUCUCUGGUCCGAAAUAUUGGUAAUUCGGAUUUCGUUUUCGCGAUAAGGGGAGCACCGAAAUGUCAGAACGCCAUAGUCGACUACGAAGUGAAUUCCAGCGACGUUUCCAUUGUUGCUAACAGACUUCAGGUGUCUGCGUCGGAUUCGUACGACAUCGUGGAUCUCCUUGCAACGGAAGAUAGCGCCUGUCUCGACGCCGGCGGUUCGCCAGGUUUACUCGUGGUGAGAACCUGCAGGGGUGUGGAAUAUUGCGAGGGUAAUCCGUGCCUGAGAAAAUGUUGCGCCGAAGACGAAGCCCUGUUCUCGUCGACUUGUCAAAAAUUAGAAUCUCAUCAAACGCUGGCCAAGUGGCACAGCGAGGUAUGGGAAUUGCCGAGGAUCAUGCAGAACGAAACGAAAAAAAUUCUGAACACAACCGAGUACGGACUUCUGGUGGGUAAGCCAUGUCUGUACGGCAUGUAUCCCGUCUUGCGAAACGAAGAGUGGCACAUAACACCCGAAGGAAUGGUCCACGUACCGGGUUACAAAACUUACGAACAUCAGCAACACUGCAUGGAAAUGUUCUACAACAGCAGCAUCGGUCCGGAUGACCUUUACCCAUUUAUUUGCUUCGAGGAUCCACCGCCACCGGAAGACGCCACGGCGACGAGGUUUCAAGUAAACGCCACGCUGCUCUCAAUCAGCUGUGCAUUUUUGCUGAUUACGUUACUGGUCUACAUUUGUCUACCAGCUUUACAAAAUCUUCACGGUAAAACCCUCAUGUGUCACGUGGGAAGUCUUCUCAUGGCGUACAUUUGCCUCACAAUGGUGGCGGUUGCCAGUCCGGCAGAUUCUCAAUUGGAUCCGGCAGACGAUGCCAACGACGCGGUGGAUUCGACGAGCCUCUGCAUUUUAAUUGGAUACAUGAUGCUGUUCUCUUUCUUGUCAACUUUCUUCUGGUUGAAUGUAAUAUGUUUUGACAUAUGGUGGAAAUUCGGCUCCCUGAGACACUCGGGAAGGUCGAACACGAGGAGAAGAGAGAAUUACAAACGUUUUUUAUUCUACUGUCUCUACGCCUGGGGACUGGCGUUGGUUUUCAUGUUGCUGGCCGUAGCAACCGACAUGUUCAAGCUGAUUCCGAAAUAUCUGAGACCCGGUAUCGGGAUGAACAGAUGUUGGUUCUCGACUGGCAGACAACAGUACGGAGAGGUGCUCUUUUUCACGGGUCCGGUUUCCCUGCAGUUGGUCGUCAAUCUGAUAUUCUUCAUAUUGACGGCCAGGCGAUGCAGCAUGGUCAAAGCGGAGAUUCAACGGAGGGUUAAAAAAAAUCAGUCGGACGGCUGCACCAACCGACGUUUCGAGUCUGACAAAUCGAAAUUGAUCCUGAACGUAAAGUUGUUCGUCGUGAUGGGGAUAUCGUGGGUUUUGGAGAUAGUCUCUUACCUGCUUAACCAUUACAUGAGUCAUUUGUCAUGGAAAACCGAAUUCUUUUACGUAUCGGACGUCGUCAAUUGUCUUCAGGGUUUGCUUAUAUUCAUGCUUUUCGUAUUGAAGAAAAAAGUAUUUUACGCGCUGAGGAGAAAACUUGGCUGGGGUGGCAAAAAGCGCGAGAGUACGGGGGGAAUUCACGACCCUUACAGGGUCAGAAAAAGUCCCAGUACCAGCACGAUACUUUCGACAUUCGCCGUCAGCUCCUCGCCGUGAUUCUCUUCUUCUUCUUGGUUUUUUUUUUGUUUCUAUUUCACACGCGAUUGUCCCUGUACGGCUUCGCCCAGAGAACACGAGCCAAAGAAUUACAUCUGUAUUUAUAUUUAUACAUAUUCUUUUUUUUUAAGUAUAUCAUAUCAACGUGUGUUAACGUUAUUCACUCAAAGACUUAAAGACAUGGAUAAAAAAUCCCUCAGAAUUUUAAUUUUACGUACAUGCGACAAUGUAACAAUUAAUAGCGAUGUAAUGAUGAAAGGAGACUAUUUUCUUGGACAAAAUUUAUUUUUUCUUUUUUUUCGUUUUUUGGUAGUAUUCGAACUAUAUAUCUGUCGAUUAAUUGUUAUACCUUCAAGCCAAAGCCAUAAUAUACAACGAGGAAUCUUCAUCGCCUGAAUAUUAAUUAAUAAUAUUUAAUUUAACCUUCAGAGGUGUUGUCUAUGUAUAUGUAUAUAUAAUUAUUUAUACGAAUAAUCGAACGUGUAUGAUUAUUCUUCUUAUUUUAUAUAUAAUAUUAUAAUAUAUAUUGUAAAUGAACGUCAACACGCGCUUGUAUGUUGUGCUUUUAUUUUAUUACCAUGUAAU